CGCCCAUUUCUCUUUCUCUCUCUUGUUUAUCAGUCACUCUGCUUUCAUCACCAUAUCCUCUCUCUCUCUUUCCAGCUCUGAUUUGUACGGUGAAAACGAAAUCAUUGCAUAUCUAAGUCUGUACAAGCAGCUUGAUCGUCUCGUCUUUGAUCGCGUCCGAUCAGUGAUCAAUAGCUCAAUCAUCAUGCUAAUGGCGGAUCGGAUCGGAGAAAACGAGUGAGUGAGCAUAAGGUAAUUGAUUCAUUCAUUCAUUCAUUCAUUCCUCUCGUUUGUUGAGAUGCGGUUAUUUAGACUUGAUUUGAUUAUUCUUUCUACAGAGGAAUCUAAAUCAGGAGAAUAGAAUGGAUAAUACGACGACGAUGAUUGUCGAUGGAGAUUUGUCCGAUGGAAGCUGUGCUAAGACGUGUGUUGAUUGCGGUACUUGGAAAACGCCGCUCUGGAGAGGCGGACCAGCCGGUCCUAAGUCAUUGUGUAAUGCAUGUGGAAUUAGGAGUAGGAAGAAGAGAAGAGCUAUUCUAGGUCUAAAUAAAGGUUCAUCAGAGAAGAAUGAGAUGAAGAAACGUAGUAAAUGUUCAGAUGAUUCGUUGAAGAAGAGGAGAAAUCUCUUGGCGCUUGGUACUCAAGUGUCAUGGAAGAGAUCGAGAUCGUCGACGGCGGCUGCGACGGCAACGGCGACGGCGGCGGCGGCGGUGGAGAAGUAUCCGGUGAUGAAACUUGGAGAAGUAGAGCAAGCGGCCGUACUGUUAAUGGCGUUGUCUUGUGGAUCUGUUUAUUUUUGAAUUAACGGCGGUUUUAGUGAUUAAUGAGAUUAGUGAAUAGUUUAAUUCAUUAAUUGUGUUUUAAAAAAAUGAAUUAGAUGGAAAAUUGUAGACCGUCCA